UCGGAGGGGGUUUAGAGCUAUUGCUCAAUACCAGAAACCCCAACCUCGUUCCAAAGCUUCAAUAUUUCUCAUUGACACGCACGUCCGCAACCCUUUGAGCUCCCAAAUGGUUCGCUCCAAUGGCGUUAGGCUCCUUAGAUCUCUGCCUGUAAAACUCUUACUUGAAUCUCAGAUAUAUGAAUCAGUAUUCCAAUGGGGUUAUAGGACAUUGAAAUCAGGAGGACUUUGCAAUCCGUCCAGUAUUACCGGAAAAUUUUCUCCUAAUGUAGAUGGUAAUAAUUUGAAGAACUGGUUGCUAUUGGGAGCUGCAAAUACAUAUUGGGGAGCAUCCAGAUCCAUUCAUGGCUCAGCAUUGUUGGCAAGAGAUUACUAUGAUGUGCUUGGUGUGAGUAAGAAUGCAAGUGCUUCUGAAAUAAAGAAAGCUUACUAUGGGCUUGCAAAGAAGCUCCAUCCAGACACAAACAAAGAUGAUCCUGAGGCUGAAAAGAAGUUUCAAGAAGUUUCAAUGGCAUAUGAGGUUUUAAAGGACGAGGACAAACGUCAACAGUAUGAUCAGGUUGGACAUGAUGCUUAUGUAAACCAACAAAGCACUGGUUUUGGAGGCAACAGUGGCUUUAAUCCAUUUGAGCAGAUAUUUCGUGAUCAUGAUCUUUUCAAGAGUUUUUUUCGUCAGAAUAUUGGUGGAGAGGAUGUUAAGACUUUCAUUGAACUAUCCUUUAUGGAAGCUGUCCAAGGAUGCACAAAAACUGUUACAUUUCAGACAGAUGUGCUUUGUAACACUUGUGGUGGGAGUGGUGUUCCUCCUGGUACAAGACCUGAAACCUGCAAGCGCUGUAAAGGCUCAGGAGUGACAUUUGUACAAGCUGGCAUAUUUAAGAUGGAGAGUACUUGUGGUACAUGUAAGGGAACUGGAAGAAUUGUAUCGAAUUUCUGCAAGUCGUGCAGUGGUGCGAAGCUUAUCAAAGGAACAAAGUCAGUCAAGUUGGAUAUUAUGCCUGGCAUGGACAACAAUGAGACCAUAAAGGUUUAUAGAAGUGGUGGUGCAGAUCCUGAUGGAGAUCACCCCGGUGAUCUUUAUGUUACUAUCAAGGUCAGGGAAGAUCCUGUCUUCCGGAGAGAAGGAUCUAAUAUUCACGUAGAUGCUGUUUUAAGUAUCACUCAGGCAGUUUUGGGCGGAACCAUUCAGGUCCCAACUCUUACUGGAGAUGUUGUUCUUAAGGUUCGUCCUGGGACCCAACCUGGUCAGAAGGUGGUUUUGAAAAAGAAAGGGAUCAAGUCAAAAAAUUCUUACACAUUCGGGGAUCAAUACGUUCAUUUUGAUGUCAGCAUCCCAACAAAUCUGACAGAGAGACAGCGUGAAUUGAUUGAAGAGUUUGCCAAGGAAGAGCAAGGGGAAUUUGAUAAGGAGAGAGCUGCUUCUGCUUCUGGUUGAAAACAUUUGCAGGAGUUUACAUUAGUCAUUUGUUACUAAAUCAUGCCCAACUAGGCUGGGAAGCCACCUGCUGUUGAAGUUUUGUAGGAGUAUUUAAGGAUUGGUAUUUUUUUGUCCCUUGCACUUUUGAUUGUAUGUAAUAUUAUUCGUCGCAAGUGACGAUCACAUUUAUUUUUAAAGGCUUGAAGGCAAUCCUUUCAUGCACCUGUUGACCUUAGUAUUUUAGUCUGUGCUGUAAAUAUGUUCGUAAUAAUUAUCGUAAGGGUGCAAUUCACAGAUGAUCAUUCUUUUGUUCU